AUGAUUGAUGUUCGGGGAUAAUCUAUGGCUGUGAAAAGUGCUAGUAGCUUAAAGUUGGAUCUCAAACAUAUAUUUAAUGUUUAUAAUGCCAGAGUGGACUUUAUUUACUUUCAAAUAGUACUGGUGUAGUUAGUCAGACUUAUCCAGAUUCCCUAUCAUUUUGCGUGCCAGAUUGCUAACUAGCUGGAUAUUAAUAUGUUAAUGAUGCAAUGUCAGGAAAAUGCUAAAAUUGUGGAAAUCAUUGUGGAUCAUGCAAUAUUGAUUACGGCUGUGAAGAUUGCUAACCAUAGGAUUAGGGCUAGGGAUGGUUGUGUUAAAAAAGAGGCUGAACAAAGUUUUGAUAAUUGUAUACAGGCAACAUCCUAAGGAGCAGCUGAGUGCCAAGAGUGUGAUGAUGGCUAUUACCUUAAUAACUAUAACUUUUGCUCUAAAUGCAAUGUGAAAAAUUGUUUUACCUGUGAUUCAAAUAAUAGGGAGUAUUGUACCUAAUGCUAGGAAACAUUCAUUUUAGAAAAUGGAGAAUAUUCUAGUACUGGCAAUUGCGUAUCUUAGUGUCCCAAAGGAUUUUAUGGCAAAAAAGAUUUUUCUCAGAGAGGAAAGAUUGAACACUCUUAUUGCGUUGAAUGUCAUAGUGAAUGUCUUGAAUGUGUGAAUGAAUAUCCUGGAGGUUGUACUAGAUGUAAGGCCGGGUUUUACUUGAGUAAGACUAUAAAUACAGUAUCUUACGGAAACUGUAUUGCUAAAACCCAGCAAACUCUAAUUGUUGAUUUAUAUGUUAAACCUCCUGUAACCAUAAAUUUUGAUGCUGCAAGUUAGACUGGAGAAAUAGGCAACCCAUUUAUGGAUAUUUAAGAUGCCAUUAUUCGCAUGCCAACUACUAUUGAUGCUCACUCUUAGAACAUUAAACUUACAAUUACUCCAUUAUAUUGUUCUGGAAACGUUAAUUGUUAUGAAGAUGAAACAGAGAAGGUAACUAUUAAAAACAAAAUAAGAGAUAGACUAAAUAUACCCGUUGGUCAAGGGCUUACAAUGAAAAACAUAAUCAUUAAUAGUUUAGAUUCCAUGAUAGAAACUAAUUCCUAUGGCGGCCAUAUUACUAUUUAAAAUUCAAAAUUUGAAAGAUUUUCAACUUGUGGAGCUAUAUUCAGAAAUUUCAGAAAAUUUUAUGAAGUUGACAAAACAUUAUCUUAACACAUAUCCUACAAUCAUCAAAUUCGUCAAAAUGGUUAUCAAAAAGAGAUAUAUGAUAAAUUUUUUGAGGAAGAUAAGGCUUUUGUUGGCAUUUGCUAGACUGAUUGCCAAAGUUUGACCAUUUCUAAUUGUGUUUUUACUUAAUUUGGAAUUGAUAUUGUAUCUAACUUAGAUAUAAAUCCUGCUGCAUAAAUUGAAAAUCCGACACUAAUAAAUCCUUAUUAUGGAAUGCAUCGAUAAGGCAAAAUAUUGCAUUUGGAUAACUUCAAUGGACCCACAAAUAUAACUGGAAAUAUGUUUGAAUACAAUAUACUUGGAUAUAAAAGCGGAUGUAGCAUUCUUGAAAAUGAAAAUAGUUUUUAAUAUGAUUAGUAUAAUGAUCCUGAUGUUAUUUUCAAUCAGGUAUAUCCUCCAAAUGAUCAAUAUAAUAGCGGUUUUGUUCAACUAAAGCACCUGAUUAGUAUCUAAAAUUAACUCGGCAGUGUUUAAAUUAGAUUAAAUACUUUCUAAGGAAAUUCCGUAAUUAAAGGAGUAAUAAACAUAGAUGGUACAAAGGAUGCUGGCAAAAUUGAUUUACAGGAUGAAUAUCUCCCUUGCGGAGGUAUUUUAAUAAAUGCCAACAAUUUUUCGAAUAAUUUUGGAUGCCCACUUUACGGUGGAAGUUUGAUAUAGAUGGUUUGCCAAACAAUAGAAUCUCUUGAAUAACUUGAUUAAUCUAAGCCUUUAGAAAUAUCUCCAUAAUAAUUCACAUAUGAUUAAAUAAUAGAUCUUUAGGAAAUUGUUACUUAAGAUUUUGGAUCAACGAAUAAAAAUUAAUUUACGCUAAGCAACAACAACUACAUUAAAAAUUAUGCAGCUUAUAAUGAGGGUAUGAUAGAUAUUAGAGGUAUGCUCUGGGUCUAGUUCAAAAAUGAAAACUUCACUGAAAACGGUGAAAAUGUUUAGGAAUCUACAAUAACACUAUAGAAAUUUAAGACAUCAGAUAACAAAAUUGCAUUUCUCUAUAAAAAUUAAACAGAAAUUACAGAUUAAAAGAUGAGUAUAAGCAAAUUUUUUUCUGAAUCUUGGGACCCAUCUGAGUAUAUUAAACCUGAUAAAUAGCUCUUGGGUCUGAUAUACAUUGAAUAAAGUCUUUAUUUAUUUAUCAGUCAAACGACUAUUAAAGAUAAUUUUAUCUACGAAUAAAAACUUAAUACUGAGAAGGGAGCAUUUAUCACAAUUAAGAAUUUUUAUGGAUUUAUACAUUUAUCUAAUGUUGAUGUCUCUAAGUAUAAAGGCAUGCUUAAUAGUAUCUAUGCAACGACUGAUUUGAAACUUAGUGCGAAUUCAGAUAUAAGUAGUAGCUCAAUGUUUGCUUAAACUAAUCCUAUUAUUGGAUCUGAUUAGAGUUCUCAGCUUUAAGGUAUAAUCAUAAUAGAUAGUGCAUUCCAUGAUAUGAAGUUUUAAAUUGACAAGCAAGUAUAUAGAGACUCUCCAAAUGUGGGAUUAAUUUAUUCAUCAAAUGGAAAUACCAUGUCAGAUUUUAUGAUGCAAAAUGUAACUCUAAAUAACAUAGAAUGUUGGACUAACUACAAUCACUCAUUAUUCUCAAUAGCUACUAAAAACGCAUCAAUCAAAGCUCUUUAAGUUUCAAGUAUAAAUACAUAAUUGAAGAAUCAGGAUCCUGAAUUUGAUCUUUAAUAAGAUGAUGAUGGUCCUUAAAUCUUUUAAUUACAGCUAAUAGACAAUAUUGGAGAUCAAACAAUCGUUUAAGAUUCUUUUUUUGAGAAUAUCUAUGGGAAUAGAGGAUCUGUUUUUAAUAUAAGUAUGUCACCAAAUUAAAACGGAGAGAUUAAGACUAUUUUCAACAAUUCAUUCAAUAAUAUCGUAUCUAGAGCAGGGGGGAUUAUUCAUAUUGCUAAAGGUUAUUCGGGUAAAUUGGAAAUUUUGAAUUGCAAUUUUACUAAUACAGAGUCCUACACCAAAGGUGGUGUGCUUUCAAGUAAUCCAAGCUGGAACAGUCCUGCAGAAAAUGAAGAAGGGUUAUCAAGCUUAACAUUUUAAUAUUGCAAUUUUGAAUCUAAUUUUGCUGUCAAUGAUUUGUAUUCGGAUUUCUAUUACUAGCCAAUAAGUAAAAUUUAUUCCAAAAGAUCAGGUUAUGUUACUUUUAUCAACCAAAAUAAUAAUAUUGAAGUUUUCAUUCUAAACAAUACUUUUACUUAGAUUUUGAAAUCUCAAGUAAAUGAUACCUAUUGGUUAUAUGUGACUAAGUAUAAUGAGAAUGCACUAAGAGAUAUAAGUUAAAAAAGCUAUGGAACAGCAAUUGUUAUUGUUACGAAAGAUAGAAUAUAAAUAAAUUCUUAAUCUAAUAUUUAUGAGGGAUGCAGAUAUGGUUUUAAAGGAGGAAUCUAUUAUGUUAGCACAAAUACUGCUUAUUUUUCAGACAUUGACUCAACUUACAUAAACUCAUUUGGAUUUUUUGGUGGUGUUAUAUAUUGUGAAGGCUGCUAAAGUAUAACUUUUGAAAAUACUACAUAUGACAAUUAGUAAGCAUAGUAAGGAGGAAUCAUAUACUCAAUAAAGAAGAAUGAUAUAACUUUUGACUCCCCAAUAGACAUAUAAAUAAUAUCAUCAAGAGCAGAUAAUAUCUUAUCACUAGACAGUGGAGGAUUUGCGUACAUUUACGGAAAUAAUACAUAAGUUAAUGUCCUAAUUCAACAUUCAAACUUUACAAAUGUUAAAUCAUCUCAGAAUUAAGAUGAAGAAUUUCCAAUCGGUACAUUAUUUCAGUCAUACUAUUAUGGAGGUGGAGUUAUUUUUGUGUGGGGACCUAAAAUAAUCAUUGAUUUAGAAAGUAAUAAAUUUAUUAGUACUUCAACUGUUGAAAGUGGAGGUGUAAUUUAUGCAAUAAGUACUAAUGAGCUUAAUUUAAGUAUCAUGGACUAGAUUAUUGAGGAUACUUUUGCUAAAGUAACAGGGGCUAUAAUAUAUGCAUAAUCCUAACUAAAAACAUUGAAUGCUACAUUAUCAGAUAACGUUAUAUCAUGCUAAAAUGAAGUAAAUCCAGAUGAAAUUAAGGCUUUCUUAGCAGAUUAAAAAUGA